AUGCAUGAUCCAUUUCCUAUCCCACCAUCGCCAUGGCUUAGCCAGACCGUUCAGCCGUUCGCGGACUAUUUCCACCUAACAACUUUACCCCUCCAUAUACACGAAGUUCUCGGGUCUUUCCUGGCAUAUACGUUCAUCAACAAGGUCGUCGCGCCCCAGGUUUCCAUGCUCAUUUUCCCUGAGAAGUACUCCAAAUUCUCCGCAGAACGAAAGCUUAAUUGGGAUGUACAUGUGGUCUCACUAUGCCAAAGUUCUCUUAUCAACAUCCUCGCCUUAUGGGUUAUGUUUGCGGAUGAAGAGCGCAAGAACAUGACGGCACAGGAGCGUGUUCAUGGUUAUACUGGAGCUGCUGGCAUGAUCCAAGGCCUAGCGACUGGCUACUUCCUCUGGGACUUGAUGAUCACCCUACAGAACCUCAGAGUCUUUGGCAUAGGCAUGUUGGCACACGCGACCAGUGCUCUGUUGGUUUUCUCUUUUGGUUUUAGACCAUUUGUCAAUUUCUAUGGAUGCACAUUUAUUCUUUACGAGCUUUCCUCGCCCUUCCUAAACUUCCAUUGGUUCUUCGACAAACUCGAUAUGACUGGAUCUAAGCCCCAACUUUACAAUGGAAUUGCUCUUCUCUUUACCUUCUUUUGCUGCCGACUUGUGUGGGGAACAUAUCAGUCAGUUCGUGUUUAUCAAGACGUAUGGAGGUCAAUGCACAACCAGCCUGCACAUUAUGCUUCUAUCAAUAUUGAUGCUCUCGCAAACGGCACCGCUUCCGCAGCUGAGGCCGCAGCAGGCCAUAGUGCGGCCCCUCUCCAGAAUGACAUUAUGCGCUUCGCCGAUAACGAGUUCAUCCCGCUCUGGCUAGGGUUCACAUAUUUAGGAAGCAAUCUUGUGCUCAACACCUUAAACUUUUACUGGUUUGGAAAAAUGAUUGAAGCUGUUAGGAAGAGAUUUCAACCGGCCAAGGAAGGCAGACAAAAGGACAAAGCGAUUGCCAUGAAGAGCACAGGUGCCAAUGGCAAGGUCAAGAUUAGCGUCGAGGAGAACGAGGUCCGUAGACGAAAAGCAUUGGACGAUGAUGAACCAAUUGCGGCAGUUUCAUAG